AUGGCGAACUCUUGUCUGCAGCUGUGCGGCUUCGUGCUCAGCUGCCUGGGCUGGAUCGGCACAGUGAUCGCCACGGCCACCAACGACUGGGUGUUUCUCUGCAAAUACAGCCUGGUAAUCUGCCGGAAAAUGGAAGAGCUGGGUAUCAAGGGGCCGUGGUCCGAGUGCUUCUUCUCCAGCGGAGUCUACCACUGCACUCCCUUCUCGCAGAUCCUCGAACUGCCCGUGUACAUCCAGAUGACUCGCGCCCUGAUGGUCACGGGUUCGAUCCUGGGCCUGCUGGCCGUUGGGCUCCUCCUCAUGUCCAUGCCUUGCAUCCGCCUGGGCAACGAGGAUACGGCUUCGAAGAACAGGCGCGCAGCCGUCGGCGGCAUCUUCGUCUUCAUAGUGGGCGUGUGUGGGUCAGUGUCCACCGUGUGGUUCCCCAUCGGCGUGCACCCCAGCGAAAGCCUGAUGUCUUUCGGCUUCUCACUGUACGCUGGAUGGGCGGGCGCGGUUCUGUCAUUAUUGGGCGGAGCCAUCCUGAUGUGCUGCUCUUCCUCGUCAUCCCGACAGUACAGGGACGGCAAGAACCUGUACUACUCCAAGGCGGGUAUGGAAGCCGCCAAACCCACCUCAUCCACCCAUGCAAAGAGCGCCCAUGUCUGA